AUGUGUUUAUUUUAUUUCUUGUUCUUCUUAUCUGCCCCACGGUCUCGCUGCAGGUCCAAUGUUAUGCUUUCAACUACUACUUUCUUUCUGUGGAUGGAGCAAAUCCCAACGCUAGCCACGGCGUAUUUCGUGUCUGUAGCAUUGGCGUUGGUCGCAGCAAGAUGUGUUCCGCAAUUGGAGCGUUUUUUUCAGCAUGGGAAGCUUGUUGGCGGCGGGAAUCUUAAGUCGCAUUGGGCAUUGGAUGCUUUGGGCAACAUUUCCGUGCCAAAGUCGUGGUUUGCGCAUUUCUACUUUUUGUUUCUUGCGUUGAUGUUGUUUUUUUGUUGUAGCUGCUGGGAUUACGCCCCAAACGAUGCUACGCGUCUACUCUGGGUGUUACUUACAUUACAGGCAGCCAGAAGGUCGCUCGAGAGCGUAUUUGUCACGAGAUGGAGCACUGAGUCACGUAUGCACAUCUCGCAUUAUGCGGUAGGUAUUUUGUUCUACGUUUUGAUCCCUCUUAUUGUGUUUCUGGGGCUCGAAGCUAAAAGACAAUUACCAUCCAAGCAGCUGGCAGUCGUGAGACUCCAGUAUGUGCUUGGCGUGCCAUGUGAGAAUUUUAGAGAGUUUCUUAGUGGUCCUUUGGUGUUCUUGUAUCUAUACUUCAGCAUGGAUCAGUUGGGUAACCAUCUCCAUUUGUCGUCUCUUAAGAAGUAUACUGCGCCCACUGCCGAUUUGUUCCUGGUAGUGGCGUGUGCGCACUAUUUGGAUGAGGUGAUUUUGUACGGAAUUAUAGCCCUUUUGUCGCUCAAUAGCGGAAAUACUCGACUCUCCAUUGCUCUAGGAUCAGCGUGGCUAUUUGUAUUGGUGAACUUGUCUAUUAGUGCGCGGGAAACGCAAGUGUUCUACCAGAAAAAGUUUGAUGAUUAUAGAAUUCGGUACUGCAUUAUUCCUUAUCUCUACUGA